AUUGCCUUUGAGUCGCGUCUUCCCUCACUUUCCUCUGUUUUACUUUGUGCGCCCAAUUUUGUUAGCUUAAAAUAAAAGCCUACAUUAUGGUGAAAUCAACAAACAUGAAUGGUUCCUCUCCUAAUGUGUCGGAGGAGACCGGUCCGACCAUGGUUAUCGGUUCGAGUGGGUUUAUAGGCAGGUUCGUUACUGAAGCCUCUCUGGACUCAGGCCGUCCUACAUAUAUUUUGGUCCGAUCUAGUUCGAACUCUCCCUCCAAAGCCUCCACCAUCAAGUUUCUUCAAGACAAAGGAGCCACCAUUAUUUAUGGUUCUAUCACUGACAAAGAAUUCAUGGAGAAGGUUCUGAAAGAGCAUAAGAUAGAAAUUGUAAUAUCCACAGUGGGCGGGGAGAGCAUCUUGGACCAGUUCAAUCUGAUAGAGGCUAUUAAGAAUGUUGACACUAUCAAGAGGUUUUUACCGUCAGAAUUCGGGCACGACAUAGACAGGGCUGACCCAGUGGAACCAGGGCUAACCAUGUAUGACCAAAAGAGGAAGAUCAGGAGGCAGAUAGAGAAGUCUGGGAUUCCCUACACAUAUAUAUGCUGCAAUUCCAUUGCUGCUUGGCCCUACCAUGACAACACUCACCCAGCAGAUGUUCUGCCACCCCUUGAUAGGUUCCAAAUCUAUGGUGAUGGCACAGUCAAAGCAUACUUUGUGGCAGGUACUGAUAUCGGAAAGUUCACUGUGAUGUCCUUCAACGAUGAUCGAACACUCAACAAAACAGUCCAUUUUCAACCUCCAAGCAACCUACUAAACAUAAACGAGAUGGCUUCACUAUGGGAGGAGAAGAUCGGCCGCACUCUGCCUAGGGUCACCAUCACAGAAGAAGAUCUGCUCCAGAGGGCCAAAGAGAUGCGGAUCCCACAGAGUGUGGUUGCAGCUUUAACUCAUGACAUUUUCAUAAAUGGCUGCCAAAUAAACUUCAGCUUGGAUAAACCUACUGAUGUUGAAAUCUGCUCUCUCUAUCCAAACAUUCCUUUUCGAACCAUCGCUGAGUGCUUCGAUGACUUUGCCAAGAAGAUAUUUGACAAUGCCAAAGCAGUAAGCAAGCCAGCGACUGCGAGCAACAAUGCCAUAUUUGUGCCCACUGCUAAACAAGAAGCAUUGGCUAUCACCGCCAUAUGCACAUGAGAAAUAUCUCACUCUUAUCUGUUUUCACUUCAAUAAUUCUUUUACAAGUUCCUUUUCUUUUUUAUUGUAAAAUGGAAUAGGCUAUCUGUUCCCAGUGUUCAGGCAGCAAACAAUCGGAUGUAUGUUCUCAAUAACUAUCUAUUUUCGGAAGGGCAAGA